ACCGAUUCAGCAACAUCUGUGUCCCGCGAGGCGGAGGCGGAGCGCUGCUUUCUGUUCUUUUACGGGAAGCGCGUUCACGAGAGUCGGAAUCGUGGUUUGUUUACUGAAGAGAAGAGGUUUUAUUUUAUCAAGAAUCUACAAGCUUAAGUUGAUUAGCACUGAGAUCCAGUCAUGGCACAAAACAAAGACGGAUACACUCGCUUUGAUAACCCCCCGCAUGUCACCAGCAUGGAUCAGCCUGCUCCGCCAGGCUUUAUGAUGCCUCCUGCUUAUGAUGCUGGUGUUCCUCAUGGAGGAGUGGAUCCUGGCGUACCCGUCACUGUAUAUGCUGGAUCCCCGUAUGCACCACCAACUGCUUUUGGGAAUCCCAUGUACGGACAGGGAGGGUCUGGAUAUCCACAGCAACCGUAUCCUCAAUCAGGUCCUUACAGUACCGGACCAUACGGACAACCGGCUUCAUAUGUAGUGGCAAUGGUUGAUCCAGUGCAAAACGACCCACCUCCAGACUAUGAAAACCAGCAGUUCGUCAGCUUUGGACUCGAUGAUAAAUCUGUCAGAAGGAUGUUCAUUCGAAAGGUCUUUGCCGUUUUAAGUGUGCAGCUGGCAGUGACCUGCGGCUUCGUGGCCCUCUUCACUUUUGAACCUCACGUCAAGCUGUUUGUGUUGAAAAACACAUGGACGUACUGGGUGGGCUAUAUGGUUUUCCUCGUGCCCUACCUGGUCAUCCUCUGCUGCGGAGAGUUUCGCAGGAAGCAUCCGUGGAACCUCAUUUCUUUGUCUAUUCUGACUCUAGCGAUGUCCUACAUGGUUGGGGUGAUUUCCAGCUUCUACGAUACUGACAUCGUGAUGAUGGCUGUCGGCAUUACGGUGCUGGUUUGCGUUACUGUGAUGGUCUUCUCUCUACAGACCAAGUAUGACUUCACUUCCUGUUACGGGGUGCUGUUCGUGUGCUUCAUCGUCUUUCUGUUCUUUGGGAUCCUUUGCAUCUUCCUGUACAGCAGGAUUCUGGACCUCAUCUAUGCGUCGCUGGGUGCGCUGAUCUUCACCUGUUUCUUGGCCGUGGACACACAGAUGCUUCUGGGAAACAAGAAUCUGUCCCUGAGUCCCGAAGAAUAUGUCUACGCUGCACUCAAUCUGUAUAUGGACAUCAUCCAGAUCUUUUUAUACAUUUUGCGAAUCUUGGGAAGAAGCCGUGGUUAAAAUUCCACCAUAUGGGAACCUCAUGUGUUUGUGCGUACAGAAACACAUGCAGUAGUGUUUUCUUCUAUGUUAAAAUGCUUUCUUGUGUCCCAGUUUGAUAUGCAGACACAACUAUGAUUAAGUCAUUUGUACUUCUUGAAAUGUAUAACAAUUAGUGCUGUCACAUUUAAAAAAAGAAAAAAGAACUGAUUAUUCACAUCUAACGCAAAAGUUUGUAUAUAUAUAUAUAUAUAUAUAUAGUUCUGUCAUAACUCUCAGGAGUAAUGGAGAUUGCAUGUUUAUGGAUAUGGCAAUGUUAAUGUAUUUGGUCUGGUGGGUUAGAUCUGCUACACUGCUGCUGCAGAACAAGUACAGAGACUUGCAUAUGUAACAUACAUGAAUUAACCCGAGUGCAGGUGGAGCUGGGGAGGUGGAGGGUUUCUGAAGCGUGCUGUACACUACGACCAGCAACAUACCGGUGUUUGUUUGAAUGUUUAAGCCGCAGUUCAAUUGCCUCUGAUGCAACAACAACCAAUCAGCUGCUAUGUAGAUAAUGACAUAAUCACUAUAAAAUGAAUUGGACCCAUCAGCUUGCACAUCUAGGGCCCUAUCAUACAUCUGGCGCAACGCGACGCCAGGUGUUUUUUGCUUGUUUCAGCCCGACGCAGUUAUCAUUUUCACGUCCAGCACAAAUGCACUCCACCCAUCUGUUCACCCAUGGCCGUGUUGAUCUGAAAAAGAGGUGUGUUCAGGCGCGUCGUUGGUGUGUUGCUAUUUAGAGGCAACUGAAAAUGACUCGCAGUUUUUGUUUUUUUUAUUUAAAGGGAACAUUAGUAAUAUACAUCUAUAUGCACAACGUGAGCACACUCUGCUUGUUACACACACAGGGACGCGCAAACAUGACAAAUACUGAUUGGUUUAUUGCAUGUUACGCUCAAAACACACCCAUGACUCAUUAAGAGACUAGGUACAACCCUUUUUGACCAUGCAUCUGGUGCGCCGACAACUUUACGCGUUGUUAAAUUAGCAAAAGUGGAUUCGGACACGCCGUAACUGCAACUGUGCCAUGUGCUUCAGACCAUGAGCUUAGAUCUUAAAAUGGGACCCCUAGAGUUUCAAAUAUACACACACACACAUAUAUUUACAGACUUUUAUGUUAGAUGUGAUUGAUUUGACAGCACUAAGAAAAAUGUGAAGCUUCUAGUGCUCAUUUAUAUGAUCUUUUAUAUAUUUGUGUAACCUGUCAAUCGGUGUUAUUAAGAUAAUCUUGAGAAAAUACACUGAUUCUUUUUCCCCUUUGCUGCACUUCUGUUUACCCAUUCUUGAUAUUUUUAUACAUUCCAUUGUACUUUUGAAAAGGGAAUAAAGACAUUUUAAUGUACAAA